ACUUUGAGCCUCGGUUCAUUUUGCUACCUUCCCAAUUGCGAUGAUAAACUACUCGUACGAAUCCAUCUGGAGAUCACUGCAGUAAAAUCAAAAAUGAUCUUUGCGCCUCAACGUUUUGUAAUUCGGUGGUAGGAUUUAUGACCAUCUAAUCGCGGGAUCUCAAAAGUAAGGUUAGUGCCGACCAGUGAUUACAAGGACCAAAUUAUGCUUAUUAACGGAAAGAAACAGAUCCCCAUUGUCCAAUGAACUAGUGCUGCGAUUUGCAGUACAAGACUUCACAUAUUUUGCAAGUGGCUGGCUGGUGGGCUGUCUCUGUCACCCCACAUGCCAAUUUGUCAUAUAUAACAAGCACUUGAUCUUAGGUAGAAGACGAUGGUUCUUGGAUGCAUCCAUGCCUAGGGGCGCUACUGAGCACUCCAAUUCAACACGCAGGCAGCCACCAAAGACCGGGCUGCCAGCUAAUGUGAGAAAGACCAGAGGCCGACGACUUCCCGAUUCAUCAUGGUUCCUAAUGUGAGAAAGCAUACGUUAUGGGUAAGACAGGUCAAAAGAGGGAACUCUGUUCCACACUCAAACUUCAAAGCCUUCUGUUGUGAAGGUACAAGAGUGUGUUCAUAUGUAGCACAUGUGAGUAUCAGAGUUUGUGACAUUGCUCCUCUAUACAAUCCCUUUCUAACUCGCAUCUGUCAAAACACUUAGCUGUAUCCAGUUCAGUUCUUGUGGCUACUUGUCCUUAUGGAAGGAACAGCAGCAUUGUUCUUCUGCUUCUCAUUGUUGUGCCUCUGCUCCCAUGCUCGGGUCCCUCCGGGCAGCAGCAGCAGCAGCAACGCCACGGCUGGCGACGAGCUCGCUCUCCUCUCCUUCAAGUCCAUGCUGUCUUCAGGUCCGUCAAGCUUACUGGCUUCUUGGAGCAUGUCCAGCCACUACUGCAGCUGGCCAGGAGUUGUUUGCGGCCGGCAGCACCCCGACAGGGUUGUCGCCCUGCGCUUGGGUUCCUUCAACCUGUCAGGACGCAUCUCUCCAUUCCUGGGAAACCUGUCCUUCCUCCAAAAGCUGGACCUUCGCAACAACCAGCUCGUUGGGCAGAUACCUCCGGAGCUCUGUCGUCUUGGCAGGCUUCAGGGGCUGAACUUGAGCACAAAUUUUCUCCAAGCAAGCAUUCCGGGUGCCAUGGGAGGAUGCACCAGCCUCAAGGUUCUGGACCUAAGCAGUAAUGAACUCGAAGGUGAGAUUCCAGCUGAGAUAGGUGCCUUGAAGGAUAUGAUCGACUUGCGCCUUCAUCAAAAUGAUUUGUCUGGAGAGAUCCCUCAGUACCUGACAGACCUGCGGUCACUCAGGUACUUGUCACUGUAUGAGAACAGAUUAUCAGGAGCGAUGCCACCUACUGUGGGUAAUCUCACCAGCCUCCAGCAUCUUGAUCUUGAGGGAAACAUGUUAUCAGGAGCUAUCCCUUCAUCUUUGGGCUUGCUGCCCAGUUUAUCUUGGGUCAACUUGGAGGACAACAACUUAAGUGGGUCGAUCCCUGAUUCAUUUUGGAACGUUUCCUCUCUGAGAUCGUUCUCUGUCGGCAACAAUACGCUGAGUGGAGUAAUACCUCCAGGUGCGUUCAAUGCUCUUCGCCAUCUGGAGAUCAUAAUAAUGAGCACUAACCAGUUUCAUGGGUACAUCCCUGCCUCGAUAUCUAAUGCUUCCAAGAUACAGAAACUUUCGCUCAGCAGCAACUUUUUCAGUGGCACUGUUCCUUUGGAGGUUGGAAAUUUAGGAAAUCUUCAUACGCUGCAGCUCUCUGCAAAUUUGAUUGAAGCUAAAGAACCAAAAGACUGGGAAUUCCUGACUGCAUUAGCGAAUUCCUCCCAGUUAGAAUUUUUGCUAUUGGGUAGCUGCAAGCUUGGUGGAGCACUUCCUGAAUCACUUUCCAAUCUUUCCACUUCUCUACGAUACAUCUCCCUUUCGUACAAUGCAAUCUCGGGAAGCAUACCAAGAGAUAUAGGUAACCUCAUAAAUUUACAAUUUCUCGACCUCCGGUUCAAUUCUUUCACAGGGUCUCUUCCAUCUUCCUUUAGCAAGCUUAAAAACUUGCAUACUUUCUCUGUAGCACUCAACAAAAUGAGUGGGUUGAUACCAUUGACCAUUGGAAAUCUUACAGAAUUGAAUAUUUUCGAACUUGUAGAGAAUAGCUUCAGUGGUAGGAUACCGAGCACACUAGGAAACCUGACAAAGUUGGUGGGACUAAGUCUUUCAAAUAAUAAUUUUACAGGACCCAUUCCGACUGAAAUAUUCAAUAUUCACACACUCUCUACAAUUUUGGAUGUAUCAAACAAUAACUUGGAGGGAUCAAUACAACAAGAAAUUGGAAACUUGAUAAAUCUUGUUGAAUUCCGUGCAGCGUCGAACAAAUUGUCUGGUCAAAUCCCUAGCAGCCUUGGUGAAUGCCAACUUCUCCAGAAUCUCUAUCUACAAAAUAACAUGUUCAGUGGUGGUAUCCCAUCACUCCUGGGUCAACUGAAAGGUCUGCAAAUUGUUGACCUCUCAAGCAACAACAUGUCAGGCCAAAUACCCAUGUUCUUUGGUACCUUUAGCACUCUCCAGUAUCUAAAUAUUUCAUUCAAUAGCUUUUUCGGGGAACUGCCAACAGUUGGCAUCUUCGCAAAUGCUUCUGCAAUCUCAAUCCAAGGAAAUAGCGAACUUUGUGGCGGCAUACCUGAUCUGCAUUUGCCUUCAUGUUCUUCAGAUCGACCAAAGAAAAAGCAUAAAUCUCUCGUGAUUCCUAUCGUUAUUUCUCUUGUUGCAGCAAGUUUCAUCCUUGCAUUACUCUAUAUGCUUCUAACCUGGCACAAGAGACGAAAAACAACAACCCCGCCAACAACAAUCAUGCAAGGGCACCCUUUGAUCUCUUAUUCGCAGUUGGUAAAAGCAACAAAUUGUUUUUCUGCAACCAAUUUGUUAGGAUCUGGGUCAUUUGGGUCCGUUUACAAAGGAGAGCUAGAUGAUCAAGCAGGUGAAAGUACAAAUCUUGUUGCUGUGAAGGUGCUAAAACUUCAGACUCCUGGGGCAGUGAAGAGUUUCAUUGCCGAAUGCGAAGCACUGCGAAACCUGCGACAUCGGAAUCUUGUCAAGAUAGUUACAGCUUGCCUGAGCAUUGAUAAUAAUGGGAAUGAUUUCAAAGCAAUUGUGUAUGACUUCAUGCCUUGUGGCAGUUUAGAAGGUUGGCUACAUCCUGACACAAAUGGGCAAACAGAGCGUAAGUUCUUGAAUCUGCUUCAAAGAGUGAGCAUACUACUCGAUGUGGCUUUUGCGUUAGAUUAUCUUCACUGCCACGGUCCUGCACCUGUUAUACAUUGUGAUCUUAAGUCAAGUAAUGUGCUCUUGGAUGCUGAUAUGGUAGCCCAUGUUGGAGAUUUUGGACUCGCUAAAAUUCUCUUUGAGAAAAGCUCAGUUCUCCAACAGUCAAUGAGCUCGAUGGGAGUUAGAGGCACAAUUGGUUAUGCUGCCCCAGAGUAUGGUGCCGGGAACAUGGUAUCGACGCAUGGAGAUAUUUAUAGUUACGGAAUUCUUGUGUUAGAAAUGGUAACCGGGAAGAGGCCCACUGAUAGCAGAUUCACACAAGAGCUGAGCCUCCGUGAGCAUGUUGAGCUUGGUCUACAUGGUAGACUGCUGGACGUUGUUGACAUCCAGCUGUCUUUGGGCCUGGAGAAUGAGCAUCAGACUGUCAAUGACUUUUCACGCAAAACACAGAUUAAUUGCCUGAUUUCACUGCUCAGACUUGGAGUGUCUUGCUCCCAGGAAACGCCAUCGAGUAGAAUGUCGACCGGAGACAUCAUCAAGGAACUGCAUGACAUCAAAGAAUCUCUCAUGUUGGAAAUACAGAACAUCAUGAAGCAAAGGUGAUCCAUUCAUGGAAACUGAAGCUUGUCAUAAAUCAUAAUUCAAUCGGAAUCUGGAUAGCUGAGUCCAAAAGCCUCCAGUGUAUGCUGAUGGGGGGGCGGUCAUGCUUUUUUUUUUUUGGUUAGUUCGCUGAAAAUGCAUUGGGAGCACCAGCUUGUCAGUUGUGAUCGUAUUGUUGAGUGUAUCAUAUCUUUGCUACAUCCAUAGUAGUUGCAACAUUUUUCUUUUUGAGGAUUCAUUUUUGGGGCUCUGGGGAGGUAAACCCCAAUAUUUACUUGUCAGUGGGAAAGGAAUUGCUCUAUGCACUUUCCUGAUUCUUUUUAUUACAAGUCUCUUAACCAUUUUUGUUGAUGUUCA